AUGACAAGGAUGGACCAGUCCCAGGCGAGACUUGAACGCAGUCCGCGCUAUCAUUUAAAUUUAACUGGACUCACUGUCGUCUGUCGCCGGCUUUAUUUUUACACCGGCGGUGUUGUACGAGAACGACGACUAGCGUCCCACGAACGACGAAAAAAAAACACUAAACACGGGAAGGACGCGGUACACGCGGGCGACACUCGCAGCGUGCGCGGUGCGAAUGACUGCGGAGCGGCGUGCUACGUCCCCCAGGCCUCGGCGCAGUCCCCCCCCCCUCCCACCGCGCGCGUCUCCCCCCUGACGCUCCUCAAACGCAUCAUGCACCGCUGCAGGCUCCACAUGUUAGAAGAUAACACAAGGAGCUCAUCAGCGAGCGAACGGUGUCAGGAAGACGGCGAUCCGGGGCACGCGAGUCGAGAGUAG